AUGUCUGACUACUACGGUGGACCUCCGCAGCAUCACCAGUACGGCGCACCGCCGCCUGGUGGGGGAUUCGGUGGUUAUCCUGGACAGCCUGGCUAUCCUCCUCAUGAACAAGGCCAAUAUGGAGCGCCUCCGCAGCAAGGAUAUUAUCCUCCGUCACAAUCGCCGUACGAUCAUCAGCAACAGCCGCCAGCUCCUUAUGAAGGCCAGCAAGGCUAUGCGCCUCCAUAUGGCGGACCUCCCCAAGGUGGUCCCCCAGGAUACGGAUACAGCCAGGAAGGACAUGCGGGUUAUCCGCCCUCCGGAUAUCCUCAAGAGAGAGGCCACUCACCAUAUCCUCCCCAGCACCAGGGAGAAGCAGCAUCAUACUAUGGUGGCCAAGUACCACCGCAGGAACAUGCGGCAGCCUACCCUGGGGCUCCGGGUGCAGAAGGUGAAAAGGGUCUAGGCGCGUCAUUGUUGGGUGCUGCUGGGGGCGGUUUCGCUGGACAUAAGAUUGGGGGUGGAGCUCUAGGCACGAUUGGCGGUGCCCUGAUCGGUGCUGUUGGCGCCAACGUGCUGGAAAAUAAAGCCAAGAAGUGA